CAUCACUUUUGGAACUUUUCAAUCCCUGCCUUAAAAAAAAGAAUCAAAACCCCAAAUAAAGCCAAUUCUCUCUCUCUCUCUCUCUCUCUCUCUCUCUCUCUCUCUCACACAUCCAUUUUCGAGCUUCGCUAUUUUCGAAAAAUCUCUCUCUCUGCCUCUUCAUGGUGCAAACCAUUUCUCUAGUCGUUCGUUGACGAUGUAAAGGAUAACAACAACAUCAUCAUCAUUCUCCUCCUCCUCCUCCUCCUCAUUUUUGAAGUGCCAUUAUAUAUAUAUGCUUCAUCCUUCUCUUUCUUUGCUCUAGCUUGAAGAUGGAGUUUGAAUAUCAACAAGAAUACAAAAGGAAUUCAAGAGGAGUGCAGCUGUUUACUUGCAGAUGGUUGCCUUUUUCUUCUCCAAAGGCUCUUGUUUUCCUUUGCCAUGGAUAUGGCAUGGAGUGCAGUGGUUUCAUGAGAGAAUGCGGGAUCAGGCUUGCGCGUGCGGGAUAUGCUGUGUUUGGGAUUGAUUACGAAGGACAUGGACGAUCCAAGGGUGCUCGUUGUUACAUCAAGAAGUUCGAAAACAUCGUUAAUGACUGCGAUGAUUUUUUCAAGUCAGUUAGUGUGCAGGAUGAGUACAAGGAUAAGUGCAGGUUCUUGUAUGGAGAGUCCAUGGGAGGGGCAGUGGCCCUACUGUUGCACAAAAAGGACCCUGCUUUUUGGAAUGGAGCUAUUCUUGUUGCACCCAUGUGUAAGAUAUCAGAGAAGGUUAAGCCGCACCCGAUGAUUGUGAAUAUCUUAACUCGAGUAGAAGAAAUUAUUCCGAGAUGGAAAAUAGUUCCCACGAAGGAUGUCAUUGAUGCGGCUUUCAAAGACCCUAUUAAAAGAGAAGAAAUAAGGAACAACAAGUUGAUAUACCAAGACAAACCUAGGCUGAAAACUGCGCUGGAAAUGCUGAGAACUAGUAUGAGCCUUGAAGAGAGUUUAAGUGAGGUGCGACUACCUUUCUUUGUGUUGCAUGGGGAAGCAGAUACAGUGACAGACCCAGAAGUAAGCAGGGCACUGUAUAAGCGAGCUAGCAGUAUAGACAAGACCAUAAAACUGUACCCAGGAAUGUGGCAUGGUCUAACGUCGGGAGAGCCCGACGAGAACGUUGAAAUUGUGUUUGCCGACAUCAUAGAUUGGCUUGUUAAGCAUACCAGCGAGAACAACACUGUUGUUCAACCAAUUUACCCAUAUAACAAUGGCAUAAUUGAGAUAGCCACCACCGCGGCCGCGUCCCCGGCAACAUUAAAUAGACAACCGCGGCCACAGCGAAGACAAUCACAGAGUAGCUAUCUUUGUGGGUUGAAGGGACGCCGUUUGUUCCAUCACUCGGCAAUGUAGCCCACUUUUUCGAAUGCUUGUGUCUGCUCCUAAUCAUUCUCCUGUGGUUUAAUUUGGGAUUCACUUUAUAUAUAGCUAGUGGUCUUCAUUUUCUCCUAAAUAUGAUGUGAAUUUUGAAAUGGGUAAAAUAAAAAUCGGUUCUUGUUGAUGCA